AUGGCUCAGAAAUUACAAAACUCAGCCAAUGAUCAAUCACUUCUCAGGAUUUUAGUGAAACAAAUAGAUUUAACACAAUUGGAACAAAUCAGAUCGAAAACUGUCUUUUGUGUUUACAAUUUAAUUGUGAGUGAUGAUGAGGGUGGUUCCAUUCAGAAAUUGUUGGUAAAGGAAGGAUUUGUGGAAAAGAUGGUUUCCAUUUUAGAGAAUCCAAACAGUGAAAAUAAUGAAUGCCUUGCUAACUGUCUAAUGUCACUCUCAUUUGUAUGUGAAAAGAAGGGACAAUGUUCUGAAAUUCAACUUGUUAGGGCAUUGAAAGUGGUAAGCAAUUUCCUCACUCAUGCAGUUGAUUCAAUUGCUCAAAGUGCUGCAGGAGCAGUUGGAAACAUUGUCCAAAAUCCAGAAAUUUCCACUCAACUCCACGAACACACAUUCAUCAUGUCCAAUUUAGUGUCGGCCUUCAAAAAGUUCUCUUCAAAAAACAAGACAGCUCUCGAACAUGUCCUCUCCUCAGUAGUUUCCCUAUGUUAUGCUAGUCCAGAAAUGUGCCUCGAAUUUUCACAAUCUAAGGGAGGUUUAAUUAUUUUGACCAAUUUUUUGAGAGAUGAAAUUAGCAUUGCCUCUCAAAAACCAUCUUGUUUCAAUAUGGCCACAAGUUUGUUGGUCAAAUUGACCAAUAUGAGAGAAAAUAUUGAGGCAUUUAGAGAGAGUGGUUUUGUAAAACUCAUUGCUGAAUGGUUUUCCAAAUCUCCAUGUCCAAUUCCACAACCAAAUUUGGAAUCGUAUAAUGCUGCCUUAUUUAACAUGACCAAGAAUGCAGAAAAUCAAAAGAUUCUCCUCUCUCAUGCAAUUGUUCCACAACUAAUUCGAUUUGCCAAUGGAAAGGAUAAGCAAGUGAGCUCAUUCGCAGCCAAAUCCUUAUGGAACUUAUCAGCCACCGAUAUGAAAUGCAGAGAAGAUAUUCGAAAGGAGGGAAUCAAUGAUGCUACAUUGAAACAACUUGCUGGAAUACAGUAA